GAAGAUCAGAAAAGCAUGGCUUUCAUAUCGUUUCUAAGAAGAGAUCUCCUGUGUGACAGCCUAGAAUAUUUCAAGGCCAGAAAGGAUAUGAAAGGUUGUUUAUUUCUUCCAGGAAUGUCAGCACUCUUUUUCUGAAUGGAAAAUUCGAGGGAAAGAACACAAUGGACUUGGAGAAUACAUUGCAGAGACCAGCUGUUGGUCGUCCCUUGCUUCCAGGGACACUCUACAACUGUUGCACAGAUACUUUCACUCCUGGCAUCACAUUGUGGGACAGAGAGACCCUCGAGAGAAAUGUGAAAACAGAAGAGCAAUACAAGACCGACUUUGACAUCAUCACCUCUGACUCUAUUGAUGAGAAGACCAAUGCCAUGAAUGUCUCUGGGGAGCUGAAAGCAAGUAUGCUGGGGGGGCUGGUUGAAAUAGGAGGCUCAGCCAAAUAUUUAUGUGACACCAAGACAUCUGACCAGCAAGUCCGGAUGACUCUCAAGUACACCAUGACUACACAGUAUUCCCAGCUAACGAUGAACCACCUGGGCUAUCAGAACAUCUCUUACCCUGAAGUGUUUGAUAAUGGCACAGCCACCCACGUGGUCAUAGCGGUGCUCUAUGGGGCCCAGGCUUUCUUUGUGUUUGAUCAGAAGGUUUCCACUCAUGAAAAUGUCAGGGAUAUAGAAGGAGGACUGAAGGCUGCAGUAGAGAAGAUUCCUCAAAUGGCAGGAAAAGUAGAGGGAGAAAUGAAAAUGGAGAAAAGCAUGAAAACAUCAAGCAAGGAAUUCAGGUGCAAGUUUUAUGGGGAUUUUGUCCUUGAGACCAAUCCAGUGACUUAUGAAGAUGCAGUAAAAGUCUAUGCCUCUCUUCCUAAUCUUCUUAGGGGCCAAGGGGUGCCCCUCCAGGUCUGGCUUUACCCUCUAGAGAAGCUGAGCCCCAAGGCUGCCAGGCUGGUUCGAGGGAUCAGCAUUAGCUUGGUAUGUGAUGCCCAGGACAUUCUGGAGAAAUUAUCAAAAUAUGAUAAGAGGUGUAAUGAUAUACUGGAGGCACCAGAAUUCUUAGUCUUUUCUGCAACCAAAGAAAAGAUUAUGCUAUUCCAAGAGCUAAAUAAGCAGCACAGAUAUAUUUUACAGAAUAAUAUAGCCAAAGUCUUACCUGUGAUCCGUGCAGGCAGAGCAGAGGAAGAUGAGCUAACCAGUGUUUUAAUUAGGGAAAGCCAGUCCCCAUUCAGUUCUAGGAGGCUCUCAGAAUUCCUACACCAGAAGCUCCAUGAGAUAAAAGUGGUAAAUUCCUACCUCACCAUCCUGAAGCAGGUUAGAGUCACAGCUGACCAGAGUGAGUUGGACAGUGUGGUCCUAGGCUCUCCUCAGAGAUUUGUCCUGGUAUUUGCACUCACCUCCUUGCAGGAGGAAGCCUACUUAGCAGAUUGGAAACAGUGGCUACGGAAUCCGGCAUCAUUCAAUCCUGACUGGGAGCAAAAGACAUACUCCUCAUGGGUGGAGGACACAGAGACAAGGAGAAAAGCAAUACAAUUGGCAGAAUCUUUCUCAAUGUUUGCCAAGGCCAAUCAUUCCUCUGAGAAGACUCAAUUUGUUGUAGCAUCUAUCCCAGACCAGGAGAACAAGGGAGUCUCCAUUUAUCUCUAUGAAAAGGGACUGCAAGUCAGCACCAACUUUGAGCUACCAGUCAAACCUUUCCCUCCCCAGAUUGGUGAGGUCACACAUGACUGUGUAGAGCUCAUACUGACCUCAACAUCUGGGAAAGGGGAGAGGACCAUUGGCUAUCAAGUAGAAUACAAGGUUGUGGGGGAAGGGGACUGGACCCCCAUUCCUGUGUCUGAAAAGCCAGAAGUAUUCAAAGUGAAUGGCCUAAAGCCUUGCACAGAGUAUCAGUUCAGGCUGGCUGAAGUGUGUGAGCAGGGGCUCAGUGAGAGCAGUGAUGUGAGCCCUGCUGUGAAGACACUUCCCCCAACCAGCCCUCCUGGGAAGCCAGAAGCUCUUGUGGUGGGACCACAGUCUGUAACCCUGCACUGGCAAGGUCCAGGUGUUGUUGGAGCAGGAGUCAAGAUCAAAGAAUAUAGAAUAGAGUACAGAGAGGAGACUGAAGCUGUGGAUGAGGAGGGGGAAGGAGAAUGGCAUGAACAUAGAACAGGAAACAAUGAGAAUUGCUAUGACAUUAACAGACUGACACCCAAGACUGUAUACAGGUUCCGAGUUUCAGCUGUUUAUGAAGACAGCUGGACCAGUGAGAGCAGUGACAAGAGUGACUCAGUGAGGACCCUCUGUACCAUGGAGGAAGAUACCAUCUCUGCAGGACCUGGACCUGACAGUUGGUACUCUGAGGAAGUAAGAAUUAUCCUUUUGGGGAAGACUGGAUCUGGAAAAAGUGCAACAGGAAACACUAUCCUUGGCUGGAAAGCAUUUAAAUCUGAAUUAUCCCCAGUCUCAGUAACCAAGACAUGCAAAAAAGCCAGAAGCAUAAGGAAUAACAGGAUAUUUUCAGUGAUUGACACACCUGGCAUUUUUGAUACAGACAAAAAUAACCAAGAAACUUUACAAGAACUUGCUAAGUGCCUGGCUAUCUCUUCCCCAGGGCCUCAUGUAUUUGUUCUUGUAAUGCCUUUGGGUUGCUUCACUGAAGAAGAGAAGAAAACCAUUCAACUCAUUCAACUGCUUUUUGGAGAUGAUGCGCUGAAAUACACCAUCUUCUUAUUCACUAAAAAGGAUGGGUUGAAGGGGGAGAACAUAGAUGAUUUUGUACAGAAAUAUGAUGACCAGGACUUUGUGAAACUGAUAGAAAGGUGUGGGAGAAGGUACUGUACUUUCAACAAUGAUGCAAUAGGAGAAGAGAAGGAAGUUCAAUUCAGGGAGUUUGAAGCAAUGGUCCACUCCAUGGUGAAGGGCAAUGGAGGCUCCUGGUAUAGCAAUGCGACCUACAUUCAGGUUGAGGAACUUAUCCAAAAUGAAACAGAAAUGUGGAAUCUGGAGAAACAGGCAUUGUGCCAGAAAAACAAUGAAUUUCCCCACAUCAGUAAAAAUGAGGAUAAUUUCUUACAAAGGGUGAUUCAGAAAAUUGUCACCUUUUUCAGAAGGCUCUGGGAAGAAAUUUAUGCUCUUUUUCAGAGUCAUGAUACUACACUUAUAACUAUGUCUACAUUUUCCUCUUAGGA